ACCAAGAAGCAGAGGAAAAGGUGUCCAGUUAGUGAGCGGGGAAUUAGAAAUGGGAUGUAAGGGGGCAGGAACAGAAACUUCUGAGACCCCAGUGAGCUUGGGUUUCUAAAACUCCUGGCCACCUCCUCUAUCUUGAGCAAAGUCAAGUUAGGCGAUGGGGGUGGAGGGUGACAGUCUAUGAUGGGCCCGCCAAGGCCACACCCUCCCCAUGUCACUGGAAUGGACCAGCCCCCAGUGACAUCACAAUCCUGAGUGGUUGCCAAGGCACUGCUGGAGGUGGACCCCCAUUUCUUUCCUUGGAGCUCUAGGAUGUGGCUGUGAGCAAGGAAAGCAGAUGGCAACAAGGAACAGCCUGAACAAGGCUCAGUGUGACCCUGGAGAGACAGGAACUCUGUCAGCUCCUGAUGCUGGCAUUUGGGACACAGGUUCAGCCACUCAGCUGAAAAUGAAGCCCAAGAAUGUGAGCAAGAUCAGGGCGCUCAUCAUCGACCUGGGCUCGCAGUACUGUAAGUGUGGCUAUGCAGGGGAGCCCAGGCCCACCUACUUCAUCUCCUCCACGGUGGGCAAGCGCUGCUCCGAGGUGGCGGAUGUGGGGGAUGCCCGCAAGGAGACCUACGUGGGCCACGAGCUGCUCAACAUGGAGGCACCUCUGAAGCUGGUCAACCCUCUGAAGUACGGCGUUGUGGUGGACUGGGACUGUGUCCAGAACAUCUGGGAGUACAUCUUCCACACGGCCAUGAGGAUCCUCCCUGAGGAGUACGCCAUGCUGGUCUCCGACUCUCCGCUAAGCCCCACCAGCUACCGGGAGAAGUAUGCAGAGCUCCUGUUCGAGACCUUCGGCAUCCCCGCCAUGCACGUGACAUCUCAGUCGCUGCUGUCCCUCUACUCCUAUGGCAAGACCACAGGGCUGGUGGUGGAGAGCGGGCACGGUGUUUCACACGUGGUCCCCAUCUCAGAGGGUAACGUGCUGCCAGGCCUGACAGGCAGAGCUGACUAUGCCGGGAGCGACCUCACCAACUACCUGCUGCAGCUGCUCAAUGAGGCUGGCAAUAAGUUUACUGACGACCACCUGCACAUCAUCGAGCACAUCAAGAAGACGUGCUGCUACUCAGCUUUGCUGCCUGAGCAGGAGCUUGGCCUGAGCCUGGAGGAGCUGCGUGUGGACUAUGAGCUCCCCGAUGGCAAGCUCAUCACCAUUGGCCAUGAGCGCUUCCAGUGCGCCGAGAUGCUCUUCAAGCCCGUCCUAGUGGGCAGCAACCUGCCUGGCCUCGCUGCGCUCACAGCCACUUGCCUGGGCCACUGCCAGGGGGCAGGCUUCAAGGAGGAGAUGGCUGCCAACGUGCUGCUGUGUGGUGGCUGCACCAUGCUGGAUGGCUUCCCCGAGCGCUUCCAGAGGGAGCUGAGCCUCCUCUGCCCCCGGGACAGCCCCAUAGUGUCUGCUGCACCCGAGAGGAAAACCUCCGUGUGGACCGGUGGCUCCAUCCUGGCAUCCCUGCAGGCCUUCCAGCAGCUCUGGGUCAGCAAGGAAGAGUUUGAGGAGCAGGGCAGUGUAGUCAUACACACUAAGUGCUGA